AUGGCGCCCGCCGCCGCCGCGCCCGCGGCCCCGAGCGACGAGGACCGAUCCUCGCACAGGUUCUACAUCACCCCGCUGCGGCACACGAAGACGCUCUACCUCAUACGGCACGGCGAGGGGUACCACAACCUGCACGGCGAGAAGGAUCACGCGCAGUACGCCUCCGAGAAGUUCUUCGACGCGUCGCUCACGCCGAAAGGAUGGGAGCAGUGCGCGGCGCUCAAGGCGCACCUCGAGAGCGCGAAGACCCCGGACGGGCGCGAGAGCUUGCUCGACCGGAUCGAGUGCGUCGUCGUGAGCCCGCUGACGCGCGCGCUCGAGACCGCGGUCGGCGCGCUGGGCGGGGACGAUCUCGACGCCGACGCCGCCGCGAAAGCCGCCGCCGACGGCGCGCCGCCGCCGCUGAUGAUCGCGUCGGACGCGGAGGAGGACGUCCGCCCCGGUCACGCCGCGGUCGCGAUGAACACGAACACGAUCCGCGCGCCGCUGCCGUUCAUCGCGUGCGAGCUGUGCAGGGAGCAUAUCGGGAAGAACCCGUGCGAUCGACGACGCGACGUCGCGAGCUAUCGCGCGGCGUUUCCCGGCGUCGACUUCUCCGACGUGACGAAGGAGAAGGACGUGCUGUGGGGCACGAUGUGCGAGACCAACGACGACAUGGCGCGCCGCGCGCACACAUUUCUGGAGUGGGUGAUGCGACGGCCGGAGCAGCACGUCGCGGUCGUGACGCACAGCGCGUUCAUGAGCACGAUGUUGAGGUCUUUCGGCGCGACGGAUCAGCUCGGGACGGCGCCCGCCGCGGUCAAGGGGGAGACGCACCGGUGGCCGAACAAUUGCGAGAUGCGGCCGGUGGUGGUCGUGGAUCCGUCGGGGGGGGGUGGGGUGGAGCCGAUGUUCUGGCCGGGGGGGGAGCCGCACGAGGAGUGGGACGUGAAGAGGCCGGGGGAGGUGUGA